CGCGAAUUGAGCAAUAUUUGGCCCAAAAACUUUAGAAAAGUGAUUCAUGAAAUUUGUUUGUAUUGUACAUCGCUGUUUCUUGGAGCAGUCGCACAAAAAAGUACAUUAAACGUAAUUCUUCGGCUAAAUCGUAGUAGGAAAAGCAACACACUUAUUAGCAUCUUACGGUUAGAAUUUAUACUCCAGCGACCUUUACCUGUGGGGAUCCGCGUUAACAAAGUGCUAAUUCUCAAGUGGUGUUCAACAAUUUUUACGAUUUUCUCGAAUAACUUACACUUUGUACUUAAAUAUAUACUCAUCCCACUAUCAGCCAUGUUUGCGCUCUGGUAUUUUUCGCUCGCUAUGGAGGAAAUUAGAAAACGCUUUAAUUUUGUAAACAGAAUAUUUUUGUUUUUCUACGGAGAUGAUUCCGUCAAUCAAACACCUGCAAUCGAACCACAACAGCCGGAACAGCAACCCGAAAAAGAACCCGUCGAUUCAUCAGUAGCGACACCUGUUUCUCCAGUUGCCAACAUUUCGCCACCAAAAGUUUCCCUAGAGCCUAUAAAACCCACUGAAUCGCCGGUGAAACCUGCUCCAGUCGUUCCCACAGUUAGUCCUUCCGUGAUCGAACCGGCAAAACCGAAGGAGGAAAUUGUAUUACCAGCUGUUAAGCCUGAUAGUGUUAAGCCUAACAUACAGCCGAAACGCGAUGUACUUCCUGGAAUGGCAGCCGUGGAUCCCAUCUCUACCAAAGUUCAAGAUUUAUCAGUGAACGGUCAUGGAAAGAAUAAAUUGUCAGAACCUGUAGCGUUGGAUUCGCGUGUUCAGCCACCGAAACCAAUCGGGCAACCAUUACCGCAGCCUCAAAGCUUUUCCAAGAUUGUAGAAUUGCCCACUAACAACGAAGACAGUUUUAUCAUUGUUGAAAAACAAAAACCUAAAGCUACGAACGUCAAGAAUUCGACCCUUGACUUCCUUAAAGCGGAAGGUAGCGCUGGUGCUGCUCGACCCACACCAAGAAACAAAUCGGACACCAUGGUUGACGCAGCAGUUCUUGAAAAGUUGGAAGCUGGAUUCGCCAAGCUGGCGGCUUCGGACUCCAAGUCUCUGCUGAAGAAGCAUCUGACCAAGGAAAUCUUCGAUUCCCUGAAGAAUAAGAAGACCUCCUUCGGAUCCACCCUUCUGGACUGCAUUCAAUCUGGAGUUGAAAACCUUGAUUCUGGCUUCGGUAUCUACGCCCCGGACGCCGAUGCCUACACCGUUUUCGCCGAUAUUUUCGACCCAAUGAUCGAGGAGUACCACAUGGGCUUCAAGAAAACCGACAAGCACCCGGCGAGCGAUUUCGGCGAUGUCAGCACCUUUGGCAACGUUGACCCGACCGGUGAGUUCGUCGUGUCGACCCGUGUCCGUUGCGGUCGCUCGAUGCAGGGCUAUCCGUUCAACCCAUGCCUGACCGAGGCCCAGUACAAGGAGAUGGAGGAUAAGGUUUCGGCCACUCUGUCCGGGCUGGAGGGUGAACUGAAGGGCAAAUUCUACCCGCUGACCGGUAUGGAGAAGUCUGUCCAGCAGCAGCUGAUCGACGACCACUUCCUGUUCAAGGAGGGUGAUCGAUUCCUGCAGGCUGCCAACGCUUGCCGCUUCUGGCCAACUGGACGUGGUAUCUACCACAACGACAACAAGACCUUCCUGGUCUGGUGCAAUGAGGAGGAUCAUCUUCGCAUCAUCUCCAUGCAGAUGGGUGGUGAUCUGGGCCAGGUCUAUCGCCGCCUGGUUACCGCUGUCAACGAUAUUGAGAAGCGUGUUCCAUUCUCCCACCACGACCGUCUUGGUUUCCUGACCUUCUGCCCAACCAACCUGGGAACCACCAUCCGCGCUUCGGUCCACAUUAAGGUCCCGAAGUUGGCCAAGGAUUACGCCAAGCUGGAAUCGAUUGCCGCCAAGUACAACCUGCAGGUCCGUGGUACCCGCGGUGAGCACACCGAGGCUGAGGGCGGUAUCUAUGAUAUCUCCAACAAGCGCCGCAUGGGUCUGACUGAAUACCAGGCCGUCAAGGAGAUGUACGAUGGCAUUUCUGAACUCAUCAAGAUUGAGAAGUCGUUGUAAACAAACAAAACCCAACUGAUUCAAUAUUAACACAAGCAAGAAAAAUCCAAUUGAAAACUCAUUAAAUGAAGGAAAAAAAAUUAAAUAAAAAUUGAAAAAAACUAAAAA